AGGAGCACGUUUGCUGCAGGUGGCUGCACCGGCGUUCGCACGUGCUUCUGCAAACCUCUGUUGUCGUUUCCUGUCGUGUGCGCUGUGCUGCGACGUGCAUGGUGGACCAUUCGAGGAAGUUGUCGCUGCUUUGUGUUCUCGUCCUCCUAUUGCUGCUCCUGCUCAUACUGCACCUGUGGUCUUCGAGGCGUGCAAGGGUUGUGCCCUGCAAGUGGAAGCUGACAAGAUCGAGCAAGCAUCCGGCGUGUAAAGGAGGGAUGGGUGCCGGCGACGACGAGGCGGACAUGUUCAUGUACGGGGGUAUGGGGGGUGGCGGCGAGUGCUCUUUUCCAUCGGAUACACCAUGUUACGAUCCAGCGCUUUAUGCGCACCUGCCGCCGCAUCUUCAACCCCUUCCAGACGAUGAUAAUUGGCAGCCACCUCCAUCGACAUUCGACCUCGCGCACGGCUCCACACAGUCCAUAUCGGACAGUGGAGUGUGGGUGCGAGAUCAGCGACCGAGGCAGGGGCCAAUGACGUCACUUCUGUUCGACGGAUUGCAGCAGGGAAUGUGCCCACUCCUCGAUCUGCAGUUGUCUUCGGGGGGUCGCCCUGCUGCGUCACGAACGCUUAUCAUCAAUCCCGCCAGCCGUUCGGAGGGCGACGCGUCAGUCGGACAGUCGGCUCGGCGGCCGGGUGGUGCGAGCUUGCAGACAACAGCCGCGCUUGCGAACACCAACAUUCAUGCAGUUCCGACGGUGACGCGACCGUCGGCGAGGGUUCGGGCAUCAUCAGAGGGUAGGGAAGCCCAUGUCGUGGACGACAUCAUCGCCAAGGAGACGACGUGGAGGACGAAGACGACGAAGUCGAUGAUGGAGCCAUGGCCUAAGACAAAGAGUCAGAAGAAAACGUCGGCGAGGAAACCAGCUCCGAAGGGGCGGGCGAAGGGGAAGGCCAAGGAUGGGGAUGGCGAGAGCGGUGGGGGAAGGAUAAUAUGGAGUCUGGACGACUCCAUUGCCCUCGUCCGCUGCAAGAGGGAGCAGGACGAAACUCUUGCUGCGGCGGGCCAUAACUUUGCAAGGAUGAAGACGAAACAGUGGAAAUGGACUGACAUCGGGAAGAGGAUGGAGGUGCUGGGAGUGAACCGUGAGUGGGAUGUGUGCAUGAAGAGAUGGGAGAAUAUCUUCUCGUGGUACAAGAAGGUGCAAUGGAGGGAGAAGGAGUCCGGGUUGCAGUCGUUCUUCACGCUAACGCCGAAAGAACGAGCCGAUAAAGGGUACAAGUUCCAGAUGGAUCGCCGACUUUACGAGGCAAUCCAUGCCGGUCAGCACGGUAAUCAAACCAUCCACCCGCCGAAUGUGGUGGACACAAGGGCUUCUGAGAAGCUAGGUGCAAACAACGGCGGCAUGGGCGAAACUUCUGCGAGUGAUAAUGGCGAUGGGGAGGCCGGGAAAGGCUGCGCGAGCAGGUCGUCAAGCGGGAUGAAGUUCACGAAAAGGAAAAACGCAAGGCAGCAGGCUUUUGAGGCGGUGACGGAUGUCAUGUCGACUCACUCAAUAGUCGUCGCCGAUUCAGUGGACAGGGCCAGCAAACGACAGUGCGACGUUCUUCAACGACAGUGUGACAUCAUGGAGAGGGAGGUCAAAGUGGAGGAGACACAAUGCGGCGUGAUGGAUGCGGGCCAGCGGAUGUUGUGUGACGCUUUGUUGAAGAUCGCGGAGGCGUUGUCACGCCCGAGAGGCAACUCGCACGGAAGGGAAAUGGAAUUCGAUCAUCAUGUGAACCACGAGGACUUUCGGUAUUACAAAGUGGACGCCAAUGCAGUGACAUGUCUUGCGGUGGUCGUAGGGUUCGGAUUCGGUCGACGGGCGCUUCGCGAAGUCAUCAUGCACAUCACGAGGGUCGGAACGGCUGUGCCGACCAGGUUCGUUGGCGGAGUGGACGUGUUGGCGGAGAUGGUGCGCAUGAUGAUCACUAAUUUCGCCAUGGAGUUCCGUGACCGCCUGCACCGCCCGGCCACGUACACGGUGGUCCUUCAUGAGCCUUUCGAGCAGAGGGAGGACCUGCAUGGGGAUAUCGACAUUUUGAGGAAGGGUAUGUUCUGACAGACGUUGUCAUUUGCUCUCUUUCUAUUGGGGCGGACUGCCGGUACUUGUCAUUUGUGAAG